UGAUUCGCCACGUCCUUGCCCCCACAAGCUCACAGGGCUAGCGAGGCAGAGCAAACCCACCGCUUCAAGAGCACACGAGACCCGGCGGGCCGCGGGCUUUUGUUUGCUCUGCUUGUCGCUCGCGCCCCUUGAAGCCAAGGCCAGAAGCAGGCUUGCCUUUGCGCUCGAUCGCCGCUUGGGUCAGACUGUUCGAACUUGCUCGAAUCUUCAUUCAUCAGAAUCCCUGCCAACGACCAGCCGAGUGAUCGCCAGUCGCUCGCGUCGCCGCACCACCUUCCGAUCUUUUCGAUUCGAUCGACCGGGGAGCGUCACGCAGAGGCGACUCGAAAGCAGGGCCAACAUCCACUAUAUAACAAGGCAAGUCUGUGCAGCGGCUCUGACGCUCACCGCACUGGCCACAGCCAGGCAGUUCAUCACACUCCUCGCCUGCGACAACCCGUUGGCAACGUCCCCCACCCCACUGCAAACAUAGCAUCAUGCUAGCAACACCGGCAGAGGGUUCAAGCCGACGCCGGUGCCGCCGGACCUCCUGCGUGGAUCCAUCCUCAUCUUCCUUGUCCCCCUCGCCCUCAUCCUCCUCCCGGUUGGGGAGAAAGAGGCGGCGACGGCUCCUGGCGAACAGCGCUGCCUGUGAUCGUAUCGCGAAUGUGGCAACUGUAAGAACACCAUGCGAAAGUGCAUGCAAAGGCACGUCUCGCACUGGCGCCACGAGGCGGCGCGCUAUCUCGCCUGCAGCAGCAGCGAUGGCCACCGCUCUGUUGGUAGCCAGUGCGCUUGUCCAGCCUGCACACGCCGUCUCGUCCAGCCUGUACCAUGUGGACUGCCAGACUGUGAACUGGACCAUCAUAAUUGACCAGUAUGAUGCGCCAUUCGAUAUCAUCGAGCUCUACGUCGGCAACCCGCCCUAUCUGGACGGGUCCCUGAACCCCGCUCCCCCUGUCGUCAAGGGCAAGAACGGCAAGAGCAAGAAGGUUGACAAGGACGACGAAGAUUCGUACGGCUUUGCAACCAACUUUACCGCCAGCCAGCUCGGCCUGCCUUCCAGCGGACCUUUCUUCAUCAAGGACUUUGACCUGGACUACGGUCGCACGCUCAAGCUCGACGCGAUGCAGCCGGUCGGCUUCAGGCUGUACGAUACGAACGACCCCGCGUCCAAUGUGACCAGCUCCGGUGGCUCCAGCGUCGGCGGCUGUGCGGUGCUAGCGGCUAAUGGCUACGCCAUUUCCGAGGUGCGCGGCAACGAGAUCAUGCACGACUUCUCCAUGUGCAAACAUGUCGGCCUACCCUUCAGCGUCAGCAACAACACCAUCGACUACGGCGGCAUCAGCGACAGCGACGGCUCCUCCGGUGCCGCCAGCAGCAUCAACGGCGGCAGGGGCGGCCUCAGCGCCGUCCUGUCCAGCCUGACCAUGACUGCCACCGCGACCGUGACGGACACAACAGGUGCGACAGCGGCAGCGCAGACGAAAGGCGGCUCAGAGCGCCUGGCGGGGCCGAACAGCGGCGCUGGCACCGACAACAACGACGGCAGCGGACCGGGCAAGGCCGCAACGAUCGGCACAGCGCUCGGCAGCGCCCUCGGGGCGCUGCUCGUCGCGCGCGCGGUGUACGUCGCGUACAAGCGCUACACGCGCUCGGAGCGCUACCGCCGCCGCAAGCGCGCCGCGAUCCUGUGGGAGCAGGCCAGCGAAGGCGCCGGCCGCAGCUCGACGUCGUCCGACGCGCUCGAGCGCUACUGCGACGACCCCGCCAGCUCCGUGGCGCCCUCGCCCAUUUCUUCCGCAUCGUCAUCGUCAGCAGGAGCGGCCCGGCCCGGCUUCUCCGGCAGCAGAAGCAGUGGCAGCGGUGGCAAUGGCAAUGGCAGUCGCUGCAGGUCUGUCGUCAUGCUGCAGCUCGACACAUCCCCCGCGGCGCUCACGCCCGCCAUGACGCGCGGUAGACUCGAGCGGCCGCCGCCACGCACCGCGCUAUCCUCCGCGUCCGUGUCAUCUGCAGCAGGCGCAGCGCCGCCUUUGAUGCCUUACUCGCCGCUGACACUGGACGAGCAGCGCGAGCUCGGCCUACUCUCCGGCGGCUACGGCAGCGGCAGCGCGAGUGCGACGGAGCGCUGGCCGGAUAACGAGCACGAGCUCAAUCUUCACGAGCUCGCCAUGUCCGGCCCGCCGCCCGAGUAUGCCGCGUCAGUCCGCUCGACAGAAGUCGUCCUGUCCUCGCCGGUGCAGUGGACUACUGCUCCGCCACCACCACCGCAGCAGCAGCACGGCAUCCAAGCUUCUCCCAUCAGCCCGUCUUCAGCCGUCGCGCCGCUCGAGCGGACGUUCCUGACUGCUGCGUACAACUCGCCCUUCACGUGGCAAGGCCCGAAUCCAUUUGCCCGCCAUGCUCCUCUUCCUCCAAUACCGCAGGCGGCGGCAUCAUCGUCGCGCAAGGCGGCAGCGAACGUCGAGACGAGCGAAGCCAUGCUGUCACCAUUUAGCGACCGAGCAGCAGCAGAAGCAGCGACGGAUGACGCCCCGAGUGCGAGUGCUGCUACAAAUGACGCUGAUGACGAUGCUGAUGCGAGCUCAUCCGAAGGACGCAGUGCGCACAAUCGCACGCCCAGUGUCGCGGGCACGACGCGCCUCUUUCUUGAAGCGAUCGUCAACGAGGACAACGAGUCGGACUUUUGGACGCCUACCGCCGAGGACUAGAGGACAGAGGAGUGACGAAAUGGGGAAAGGAUACAGCAGUAGCACGGUACUGUCAUGUCGUGCUGCUGCUGGUGAUGCAUUUCUGGUAAAUGCGUCUGCAGCAGAGUGACGGGCCUUUAUUAUAGCCUAGAUGUACAAAAGUCAAGUAACUUGACCUAGCCCUCUCCCCAUUCUGCGACUCUCCG